CAAGGAGAUCCAGAUUUGCUUGUCAGGCGGUGGAUUGGCCGGGUAGAGAGCCAGGAAUUUCUGGCACAGCAGACCCAAGCUCUUCCGCUUCCUGCUCCACUUCUUCUCCCCAUCUUCCUCAUCCUCCGCCGCUUCAAACUAUGCUGUGUGGUGCCGAAUGGCCACUAGGGAGCUGUCUUUGCCCUCCACCGUCUCUUCACUUCACAGUCCACAGAGGCAACAACUGAGGGAGAUUUGGUGUUCAACACUCCCACCGUGUGGCCAAAAGGCACGGCUGCCCCAUGACGCUGCACACUCAGACCGGCUCUGGACGUCUUCGCAGCGAGGGCAGGCUGCUUCCUCCCAUCCCCGAGCUCAGUUUUUCCGCGACAUCCACCGCGCAGUCCCCCGACCCGGCUCUCUCUGGGGACACAUUUUGGAAGACUUAAGAUCAUCCUUCUCUCACAAAAGCUGCUGGGGGGAGGAAAAAAAAGCGCUGCGGAGGGAAAAACGCUGCUGGUGCUGGAUAUAAGGGGCAGUGGGAACCGGCGUAACCCCUCCACUCCAUCCCAUUUAUUCAAGUGGACAGUGCAGUGUUAAAAGCUCCCAACUUGAAUACUAAUAACCUUCCUGAGGUUAGUCUUGGGUUGCUGGUGUGCUCUGGUGGAGUGGAUGCCCCAGUUUGAUUGUUGGUUACCUUCAGACAAGACUUUGGCUCCAGUUCUUCUGAAGAUCCACCAGUGGACUAAAAUCAGACUUGGAGGGACUCCUUGUUGGAGCCAGGGAUUUGGGCUACACUGUGAGGAAGCAGCACUGAGACCUUCAUCUGAAACUGCACAAACAGCAUCCAGAAAGAAAUUGACGCAAUGAUACACGAUUUCUAACCGACCACCCCUUGAGCCGCUGCCCCACAGCGAAACGUUUGAUUCAACUCUCCCAACAUCCACCUGCCAUGGAUCGCCUGCGUCCGGUGGAAGGCACGAGCCGGACACAGGCCUUCAUCGGCAGACUGUAGUCCCUCCUGAUUGUCUUCAGUUCACGGUCCCUGUCUUUUUCAUCUUGGAAUUAUAUCCUGCUUGGACCUCGGGAUGGAGGCACCAGAAGCCAGCAAGCAUGGCAAGAAGUCAACAGGUCAGAAGCUGGAGGACCAGAAAAAGAUUUACACAGACUGGGCCAAUCACUACCUGGCCAAGUCGGGCUGUCCGCGGCUCAUCAGGGACCUGAGCCAGGACGUCACCGACGGAGUCCUGCUCGCACAGAUCAUCCAGAUCAUAGCCAAUGAGAAGGUGGAGGAUAUCAAUGGCAGCCCCCGGAGUCAGACCCAAAUGAUUGAGAAUGUGGACGCCUGCCUCAGUUUCCUCGACGCUAGAGGAGUGAAUGUACAAGGGCUCUCGGCAGAAGAGAUCAGGAAUGGCAACCUGAAAAGCAUCCUGGGCCUCUUCUUCAUCCUGUCCCGCUACAAGCAGCAGCAGCAGCAACAGCAGCAGUACUACCAGUCGCUGGUGGAGCUCAGCCAGCAGACCGGCAGCGGCACGGCAACAUCUGCCAGCAAGUCGCACGAGAUGCAGUCCAGUCUCACAGCACGAUAUGCAAGUCCUCCGCCCCAUACUGGAAUAGGGUCGCCACAGAAGAAAAACACAAGAUUACCGGGACCCUCCAGGGUACCUGCUGCAGGCAGCGGGGCCUCCAGGAGUCCGGGCUCGUCCAAUCUGAACCGGCGCAGCCAGAGCUUCAACAGCAUCGACAAGAGCAAACCGCUCCAGUUCGCCAGUGGCAACGACAGAGAGGCAAUGAGGAACAUCCCAGUAGCCGGCGGCAUGAACGGAAGCGGAAUAGGUGGGACUGUUCCCACCAGCCCAAGUGGGCAGCAGCUGGGCUCUGCCAUUCCCUCCGCCAACGCCAGUAAAUCCUGGCGGAGCAAGUCCAUGAACCUCAAGCACAGCGCCACUUCCUCCAUGUUGGCCAGCCCCACAAACCCGACGUCGCCGUCCCUGUCACAGCAGACCCAGGAAGGCAUCCAUCCGCACAGCAAUGACGGCUGCAAAGUUGCCGGAGCGCCCCACAGGUCGAUGCUGGACAAGUUCCGUAUGAUUAACCCUCGAUCGGCCUCCCGAGUGUCUCCGUCAAUGGCUGAGAUGGCUCUGCAGGAAGAAGACGACAUGUCAGAGUACGGCGAGGAUGGACUCACGCCCACGGGCUCGGUAUGCAGCAGCAGCGGUAGCAGUACUACGGUGAAACAAAUGCCCUCCAAGACCAGCGCAUCGUCCUUUAGUUCCACAAACAAGAGCUCGUCUUCCUCCUCCUUUUCCAAAACUUCUCCCAAUGCCAGCAAGUCCACAUCCAAAGACAAGGAGGAAAAAAACAAGCCUGGGAGCAAGCAAGUCUGCGCUCCGUCCAAAGAAGAGCGAGACUCUUUUGCGGACUCGGCGAAGAAGAUAUCCAAAAUCGCCAGCCUUGUGCCCAAGGGAGCAAAGCAAGGAAAGAAAGACAGCGGCUGCUCCUCGGGUUCCAGCGGCAUCCCCAAGCCGGGACUUAAAGCACCCUCCGCCAGUGUGGCAAAGCCCCAGGGACAGUCCCAAAGCCAUACGGGCCUCAGCAGCACUAGUAACCUCCGGGGAGGGGAGGCCGAGAGAGCCAAACUCACAAAAGGUGGACAAGGCGGGAGUUUCUACACGCAGCGCUCCAUGGGGGGUUCAGAGGGCAAACGAACCAGCAUCACCUCCUCCACCAGCACGUCGGCCCUGUCCGCAUCCACCGGCGUCCUGGCAGGUGGAGGCGGAGCACUGGGGAAUGGAGUCGUUCAGCUGCCGCAGCAGCAACAGCACAACCACCCCAAUACUGCCACUGUGGCUCCCUUUAUGUACAGGACUUUCUCGGAGAAUGAUUGCACCAUGGUGGCCCCGGCCGACCCCUGCCUCAGCCCCACCAAGGGUGAGCUGGUCUACAGCAAGACUGCCAAACAGUGCCUGGAGGAGAUAUCGGGAGAGGACCCCGAGACGAGACGAAUGAGAACAGUAAAGAACAUCGCUGACCUGCGGCAGAACCUGGAAGAAACAAUGUCCAGUCUUCGGGGGACACAGAUCAGCCACAGCACACUGGAGACAACCUUCGACACAACUGUGACCACAGAAGUCAACGGGCGGAGUCUCCCCGCCCUCGCCACUCGCUCCUCCCCCAUGGCCUGGCGCCUGGGCCAAACGCAAACGCCACGUCUCCAGGCGGGCGAGGCCCCCUCCAUGCCCGGCAGUUACCCCGCCCCCAGGGCGGGCGCAGGGGGCGGGGGCGCCACCGCGACAGGCCGCUACGGCGGCCACUCUGACCCCUCCAGGUUUGUGUACGGCGCCCCCCUGCGGCGAUCGGCGGGGGCGCGGGGGCCGGAGCGGGUUGAGAGGGGAGGAGGAGGGCUGGAAGGAGGGAAGCAGAUGGAGGUGGCGGGGUACAUGAGUGAAGGGGACGUCCUGGGAAAGAACGAACCGAUGGAUGAAAUCACCAGCGGGUAUCUGACAGAUGGAGGUCUGCACUUGUACGCGCGGAACACGGGCCGAGCUCCCGACCCGGCUUCUUCUCGAGAAAUCUCGCACAGAGGAAGUAAAGAGAUCCAAGGGGACGUGGACAGCUGGGAUGACAGCAGCUCGGUGAGCAGCGGCCUGAGCGACACCUUGGACAACAUCAGCACCGACGACCUGAACCCGCCCGCCUACUCGGCCGUCGGCUCGUCUCGUAAAAGCAAAGGUGCACAGUCCCAGAAAGCCACCAAGCCCAAGCAUGCCGAGCAGGAGGUGAGCAGCAGCUGGGUCGGAGCUGAAGACCUCAAGAAGGUGGAGGAGGAACUUGACGCGAGCAUGGACCCCAACGGCGGCUCCUCCCGCUGGAAGCCCUCUUCGACGUCGUCUUCGUCCCAGGCCCAAAGUCAGUACGAGGACCCGGGUCAGAAGGCGACGACGUUGGCCCAAAUAUCCCAGACUGGCUCACUAAGAAGAGGCAUGACAGCCCAGGUGGGCAUCACGCCACCCAGGACGAAAAAUACUUCUGCCUCACACAAAACGACAGGAAAGACCGAUGAUGCCAAGGCUUCGGAGAAAGGCAAGGUGCCCUCGAAGGGUUCUUCCAGCAUCCAGCGUUCCCCAUCAGAUGCCGGAAAGAGCAGCGGAGACGAAGGCAAGAAACCCCCCUCUGGUAUGGGACGCCCACCUACCACAGGUUCGUUUGGAUUCAAGAAGAUCUCUGGCCCCAGCGGGACCCUAAUCACGCCUAGUGGCGCCACGCUCUCUAGUGGUUCAGCCACCCUUGGCAAGGCACCCAAAUCAUCAGCCGGCAUCGGCAAAGGCCCCGCUAUCGGUGGCGCACGUAAGACCAGCUUGGACGGCUCCCAGCCUCAGGACGAUGGCACGCUGCUUAGCUGCGGGGGGUCGAAAGUGUCCCUCCAGUACCGCUCUCUACCUAGGCCGGCCAAAUCCUCCAGUGGGGCGGCGGCGGGUCGGGGCGGGCACCGCUCCAGCUCCAGCAGCAUCGACUCCAACGUCAGCGGCAAGUCCGCCGGCGGAGGGGCGGCGAACCCGGCCGGAGCAAAGCGCAGGGACGCCGGGAAGGUGGGCUCGGACCGCUCCAGUCCCGUCAACACGAACCAGACGGACAAGGAGAAAGUGACGGUGACGGAGCAGGAUCCGGGACUGUCCACUUCGCCCAAGUCCAGCCCCACCUCCACUUCAACAGGCCUCAGGCAGCCCGGCUCCAAGUACCCCGACAUUGCCUCCCCUACCUUCCGCAGAUUGUUUGGCACCAAAGCCAGCAGCAAGGCCAGCUCCCCGGGCACGCCCGACUCUGGCAAGUGCCCCUCAAUCCUGGGCAGCCCGCACGGUACUCUGGCGAGGCAGGCCAGUCUGGACUCGCCGUCCUCCGGCACAGGGAGUCUGGGCAGCGCCGGCGGCCUGAGCGGCGGCAGCAGCCCGCUGUACGGCAAAGGCCCGGACCUCCUGUGCACCGACUCCCCGGCCUCCAGCCCGGCUUCUGGGCUCUCGCUGCCGUCCAACGCUCGGCCCUGGCCUGCCUGUGGCUCGUCCGCUGGCAGCAAGGACACGCUGAGCUGCCAAAGCAUGAGCAGUCUCCACACGAGCUCUGAGUCCAUUGAUCUGCCUCUGGGCCACCACGGGCCCAAGGUUACGAGAACCGGCAGUGUCAAGUCAACCCUGUCCGAGGGCAUGCCUCUUGACAGAAACACGCUUCCCAAAAAGAGACUGAGGUACCCGCCGUCGUCCAGACAGACGUCCCACGAAGAGGGGAUGGAGUGGCUGAGGUCGCACUCGACGGGGGGGCUUCAGGACUCCGGUAGCCAGUCCCCAAUGUCUCCACCCGGAGCCUCCUGUACCGCCACUGGAAAGUACCACUACUCCAACCUGUUGAGCCCAACUCACGUCAGCCAGUACAACCUGCCAGCGGGCAGCAGCAGCAUGAGCCGCUCCAACAGCAUCCCCGCCCAGGACUCCUUCGAGCUCUACGGCGAGGGGCACCCGCUGGGCGGCAGCGCCACCUCCCUGGAGGACCGCCCCCGCGCCAUCAGCCGCUCGGGCUCCUUCAGGGACAGCACCGACGAAGUCCACGGUUCUUCGCUGUCGCUGGUGUCCAGCACGUCUUCGCUAUACUCUGCAACAGAAGAGAAGGCACACUCAGAGGGCCAAACAGUCCAAAAUUCCACGCAAAUCAGGAAGCUGCGUCGGGAACUGGACGCCUCUCAAGAGAAGGUGGCGACCCUGACGUCCCAGCUGGCUGCCAACUCUCACUUGGUGGCUGCCUUUGAGAAGAGCCUGAGCAACAUGACGUGUCGUCUUCAGAGCCUCACCAUGACGGCCGAGCAGAAGGAGACCGAGUUGGUCGAGCUGAGGGAGACAAUUGAGUCGCUGAAGACCCAGAACACCGACGCUCAGACGGCCAUUCAGGUGGCGCUCAACGGCCCGGAUCACUUCCACAAAGACCUGCGUAUAAGGAGGCAGCAUUCGUCCGAAAGCAUGUCGAGCGUCAACAGCGCGGCCAGCCACUCCAGCAUGGGCAGCAUGGGCAAGGAUGCCGAGGACAAGAACAAGAAGAAGAAGAAGAACUGGGUGGCUGAUUCCAUCCCGGCUCAGCUCCGCAGCUCCUUCAAGCACGCCUUCAGCAAGAAGAAGACCAAGUCGCAGUCGGCCCACGACGAGAUGGAGGAGAUGAGCGACUCGCUGCCGUCCUCGCCCAAGCUGCAGCACGACAACCGGCAGGGCAGCGUCGCGACGUUGCGUUCAUCGCCUUCCACCGCCGAGCUGUGCGAGUGCACCGAAGCCGAGGCCGAGAUCAUCCUGCAGCUGAAGAACGAGUUGAGGGAGAAGGAACUCAAGCUGACCGACAUCCGCCUGGAGGCGCUGAGCUCGGCCCACCACCUGGACCAGAUCCGGGAAGCCAUGAAUCGCAUGCAGAAUGAGAUCGAGACCCUAAAAGCGGAGAAUGACCGCCUCAAGUCCAGCGGCAGCGCCACUCCCACGGCGGCUCCAGCCAAGACGGCCCGGCCCCCCUCGGAGACCUCCAGCACGUCCUCGUCUUCCUCGCGCCAGUCUCUGGGCCUGUCUCUCAACAACCUCAACAUCACCGACACGAUCAUGUCAGAUAUUCUGCUCGAUGACAGCUACGAGGGGAACCUGCGCAAAGAAGGCCGCAGCGUCCGGAUAGUGGUCAGCAUCAGCAGCGGGCCGAGCACCACCAAGGGAACGCAAACGCACGACUACCUGAUUGGCUCCAUCGGCGUGAGUGGGAAAACCAAGUGGGACGUCCUGGAUGGGGUCAUCAGACGCCUGUUCAAGGAGUACGUAUUUCGGGUGGACCCGGUGACCAGUCUGGGCCUGAGCUCGGACAGCAUCAUCAGCUACAGGAUGGGCGAGGUGGUCCGCGCCCACUCCUCCGAAGUGCCUGAGCUGCUGCCCUGCGGCUACCUGGUGGGCGAGAGCAACGUCGUCAGGGUCAACCUCAAAGGCGUGAAGGACAGCAGCAUCGACAGCCUGGUGUUCGACACGCUCAUCCCCAAGCCCAUCAUCCAGCGGUACCUCAACCUGCUGAUGGAACACCGUCGCAUCAUCCUCUCGGGGCCCAGCGGCACCGGCAAGUCCUUCCUGGCCGCCAAGCUGGCCGAGUUCAUCAUUUCCCAGACGGGGCAGGAGAUGACCGAGCACAACGUGGCCAGCUUCAACGUGGACCAGAACUCCAGCAAGGAUCUGCGUCAGUACCUGUCCAACCUGGCGGAGCGCUGCAACUCGGAGGGCACGGAUGCCAAGCUCCCCACUGUUGUCAUUCUGGACAACCUCCACCACAUUAGCUCCCUCAGCGACAUUUUCAACGGCUUCCUCAACUGCAAGUACCACAAAUGCCCUUACGUCAUUGGGACCAUGAACCAGGGGGUGUCGUCCUCUCCCAACCUGGAGCUCCAUCACAACUUCAGGUGGGUGUUGUGCACCAACCACACGGAACCCGUGAAGGGCUUCCUGGGCCGCUUCCUGCGGCGGAAGCUGAUCGAGACGGAGAUCCAUAAAAACGUGCGCAGCAACGACCUCAUUAAGAUCAUCGACUGGAUUCCCAAGACGUGGCAGCAUCUCAACGGCUUCCUGGAGGCCCACAGCUCCUCCGACGUCACCAUAGGUCCUCGCCUCUUCCUGUCGUGCCCCAUGGAUGUGGAGGGAGCGCGAGUGUGGUUCACCGACCUGUGGAACUACUCUCUGGUGCCCUACUUGCUGGAAGCUGUCCGGGAAGGACUUCAGCUCUACGGCAAGAGGGCGGCGUGGGAAGACCCGUCCAAGUGGGUGAGCGACACGUACCCGUGGCACGCCGCCGCCCCCGUGCAGCCGCAGGACGGCCAGUCGCUGCUCCAGCUCCGGCCCGAGGACGUGGGCUACGACGGAUACAGCUCGUCCAAAGAGGGGGCCUCGUCCAAGCAGGUGUCCCAGAGCGACGCCGAGGGGGAUCCCCUGAUGAACAUGUUGCUGAGGCUGCAGGAGGCGGCCAACUACUCCAGCGCGCAGAGCUGCGACAGCGACAGCGCCAGUCACCAUGACGACCAGCUGGACUCCUCGCUGGAGUCGGCGCUAUGAGAGCGAGGCGGGCCGGACAAUGCCGAAAGUGCAAAAACAUGACAAGUUGUGUGGUUUUGUUCCAAGGUGAGGCAAAAAAUUAAAAAAAAAAAAACAAAAAAAACAACAACAACCAAAAAAAAAAUCAUCCCAGUUUAUAACUGAAUCGUGUAAAAUCAAUUUUAAUUUGAAUAUCUGUCGAUUAAUACAGUGAAGAAAAUAAGUAUUUGAAGACCCUGUUAUAUUGGAAGUUCUCCCACUUAAAAGAAAAAUCCAGAAAUCACAAUGUAUGAUCUUCAGCUCUAUCACGCAAAUAAAUCAUACAUUGUGAUUUCUGGAUUUGUCUUUUUAGAUCGUCUCUCUCACAGUGGACAUGCACCGACUACGAAAAUUCCAGACCCCUCCAUGAUUUCGAAGUGGGUGAACUUGCAAUAUAGCAGGGUGUUCAAAUACUUAUUUUCUUCACUGUAGCUGGAACCAUGAUCCCAAUUAAUUCAUACGAUUGAAUUACGUUUCAUUUCUUAAUUUUUGCAUGCGGCAAAGACGCUCCCUUCACUUCCACUGCCGACCCAGGCUAAACUUGGAAUCCUCCAGGACAUACAAAGCUUGUCUCUGCAUUGAGAUGCAUCACUUCGUUUGAGCCGUCCCGCAUUGCAGUUUGCCACAUUCUUAAAAUACAACUUCUCAUGUAAAUGCACAAAGGGUUGUUUGGAGUUGGCCUCCGAGGACCAACGAAAUGAAGGAAACGCGAGGCUCAGCCGCAAUACCGUUCCUCAUUUUGGGAGCGGAAUAUCGUUUCCGCGUUCGAUCCCAGUUCCAUCGCAGCUGUUUACAGGUGGGCCGGUACUAUUCUCGACGUACUUCUUUGUUUACAGAGGUGCUUCUCACAGACUCGAAGAGUCACUGGUCCAGAAGGGUCCGGCCACUGGAACCGCCACGGUGGAUCCUCAGGCCGAGUUUGUCCCAAAUUCUACUAUUUUUAGUUCUUUUGAGAUUGAUACGAUGAUCUUCUGUGGCCAUAACGGAGGUGGGCUCUCCCUGAGUGUUUGUCAGCCAGUCACCUCGUUGCGCUCGCAUGUCAACAACCAAUCCUCCACAUGAAUGCUACUGUGAAGAAAAUGGAUAAGUGCCAACCCCCCCCUCCCCCGCCCCCUCCCAUUUCGUGUUACUGCCAAACUUCGAUUCCCGGCGGAGACUCAGUUGGAUUUCCGCGCUGAGGCCGAUCCAGAUCAUGAAAGAAAAUACCAUGCCAGUCAAGAACGUCAACGUUCGGUACGCGGACAUCCGCGACAGAAGACCUGAACAAGGGAACAAUGAUAGUGGUGCUUUCUCGUUGCCUUAAAUGUGUAAAAAGUUUUUUGUUUUGUUUGUUUGGGUGGGGGGGGGGGAGCUCUCUCUCUCUCUCUCUCCCACUUCCACUGACUUUUGACAACAAGAGGGUCACACGAAUGCUUAACUAGGGACACUCCGCGUCCCGUUUCCCUUUCUAACAGGUAUAAUAAAGUGCAAAAUCAAAGAGUUCAUGUGGUAUUGUACAUGAAUUCCAAACUGAACAAUAGUGUAAAAAAUAAAAGAAUGAAAAAGUAUAUAAAUAUAUAUAUAUGAUUAAGAAGGGUUGGGGUGGGGGGGGGUCUUUUUUUUCCACCCAGUUGAGCUGGGCUCACUUGAACUGACAGGAGCACAACCAAAUGUUUAGUUUUUCUUUUUCUUAGCAUGCUUUUGAGCCUUCUAGCCGGGGAGACCAAUUCAAAAAGAGAUAUUUACCUUUAUGUAUUCACACUCGCAUUGGACAGAAGCCAUUUUCGAUUGUCCUUUCCUUUUCGAAGCGUGGGUUGGUUUUUUUGCACACUCGGGCGGGGUUGUAAAUACUUCAGUCUUUGUUGCACAGAGAAUCAAAGAUGCAUUCGCCCGGUCGAUGUUACACUAACCUGCUAAGGAAUGAAAAAAAAAAAAAAGGAAAGAGUAAAUUAUUGUUUGAAACGAAAAAAAGAUGCAAAAAAAGUCAAACAGGUGUGCGUCUCGUGAUGUGUGUCAAUGCAGGAGGCACAAGGUGUGUAGAUAGAAAAGCGUUCUCACUAUUAAAACAAAAAAUAAAAUCACAAACGUGCACUUUUCCAGUCAGCUCCCAUCCAUCGGGUCGUGUCAUGAGAAUAUUUUGCCGGGCUGCAGAGGCGCUGAAGCUCACUCCGCAGUGUACUGUACGGGAAACAAAUAAAAUAACAACAAUAACAGGUGCUACUGGUCAGCAAACGCCCACCCACGAUAACACAACCUCAGGACAAAUCUCCAUCGUCAACAAUCCUAGCCGGCGUCAGCCUCACGCACCUCUGCAGCCGGGCCUUCCGAUGGCGAGCGUGGCGGUGGGAGGCCGCCGCUGGUUCCCGAAGCGGGGACCCCCGCGGCGUACACGGUCGGAGAACGCGGUUCUCUCUCUCUCAGCCGAAGCCCCUGGCAUUUACUCCGGGUUUGGGAGGAGAAUGUUCUCUGUUUAAUUUGUUUUUUUUUUGUUGUUUUUUUUUUUCGGGUGAAACAUUUGUCCUUAAAUGUUUUAUAUUUUGUACAUUUGUAUGUAACAUAUCAUGUAAAUAGACAGAGACAGUGAUUUAACUCAUCUGGACUGAGGAUUUUGUAGUCUUUGUAAAAGCUCUAAUAAUAAAUGGUAUUUGGUGUCACACGAGCAAAAACUGGUUGUCCUUUAAAGUGUCUUGUAUGAGGACUUGAAAAGAUCUCAAAUGUUGCAGUGCUAUUUUUUGUACAUGAUGUAAAAUUAAUCACUUAUUUACUACAGCAGAUUCCACGACACACGUGAUGAUUGUAAUGCCCUUAACACCAAAAUAAAAGAAUAAAUACAGUACAUGAAAAUA